UCGCUCUCCGUCCAAAGCGGUCUUUGGUAACCUGUCAAACAUGGGGGCACGAGUUGCUCGUAUGUUCAGAAACUUCAACCUGGAGAACCGGGUUUAUCGAGAAAUAUCAAAAGAGAAGCCGCAAGCAGCGCCCCGACACGCGGGCAGCGUCCCGCCUCCUGCCGGCGGCUCCGUAGCUGCAGAGACGGUGACGGAAGAUUUAGCCAACAAGAAGAACGACCCUCUUGUGUCCCUCCUCAGGUCCGUGUAUGUGGAUUCUACAGACCCAGCAGCAGCAGAGAUGUCGAAGGAAGAUACAGCGGAUAAAGAAUCAGAGCGAAGGCCUCUUAAAUUCAGUUUACCGGGGGCCUCGUACGGCCUGGCGGAGCUCACAGACGUUCCUAAAGGCAAACUGACCAUCGCCGAGGCUCUGAAGGCCCUGAGCAGCCACCAGCGACACCCUCAGACCAUGACUCAGGAAAAGAUUGCUCAAGAUUAUUGUCUGGAUCUGAAAGACACCAAAGCUCUUCUGGAGUUCUUUGUCCCCUUCCAGGUUCAGAUUAUACCGCCCAAGACUGAAGCAGCCAAGCAGAUCAAGGCUUCCUAGGACUUGAUGGUUGGUGAAUGAUAGACUGUAGACAAAUUAUUAUUGGAUUUAUUUAUGUAUGUCAAUAAACUACAUUGAAAGAGUAACAACA